AGCACAGGCUCUAGAAAACUGCAUGAUAUACUUGGUAUAGAAACAGGUGGUCCUGGAGGACGAAGAUUGGGUGAACCAGGACAUUCUGUGUCUGACUACCUCAAAUUCAAAGAUCUCAUAGCCAGAAUGUUGGAUUAUGAUCCGAAAUCAAGGAUUAGUCCAUACCAUGCCUUACAGCAUAGUUUUUUCAAGCGUACGAAUGAUGAAAGUACUAAUACGACAAACAGUGCCAGCACAAGUCCUGCAAUGGAACAGGGAUCGUUUUCGAAUGCUGGUUGCUGUAUGGCUGGCUCAGGAUCAAGCUCUGGCAGUUCUUCAUCAUCUGCACCACCUCAAACAACAGGACGUGCUAGGUCUGAUCCUACUCAUCAACACCCCUAUAGUCAGCUACAGCAUAGUUAUACACAGACAGCAUCUUAUAGUAUGCAGUUUGGUACUCAUUUACCUGUUACAACAGGAUCGUUAUCAGCAAUGGAAUGUGAAAGUCCAAUAACUAGUAUUGCUGGUGCUGGCAUAUUUCGUUCCUCCCAAAAGGCCUGGAGUUCUUUAGGAGUGACAACAGCUUCUGCAGCUGUUACUUGUAAUGUUGUAAGUGCAACAGGAACAAUUACAGUUGGACAGCAUACGCAUUCUAGUGCCCCUACAAGUCGUGCAGGGUAUUCUCAUCUUCAUAGCCAUAAUCAUUCCUAUCGAAGGCACCUUCAUCAUACAACACAGUCAAGUACUCCCAGUCAGCAUUCAUCACAUGUCAUAGGUGCAGUUGGUUUUAAUCCCCUCCAGUCUUUCCAGCCACCAUCAACAUUUAGCAGUCGAAGCCAAGCCGGUUCUUCCUCGUCAGUUGUGUCUUCCCAACUAAUGCCAAUGGACAUAAAUGCAAGCAAUAAUCAUUUUACUUCAAUAGACUGUGCGCAGACUUCUCUAAAUAUGCAGCUUACAGGCUACCAACCUGUACUUUACACUGGAGCAGUGUAUAGUGGGCAGACUACAGUUCCAUCAUAUCUGGGUACUAACUUUUCACAGUUAGGUUUGCAUCCAUCAACUACACAGUCAUCACAGCCUUCCAAUAUCAUAUUACCUGAUGUGAUGUCUCAAAAGCAGCCAUCGGAUAGAGAUGAAUCUCCUAUGGUUGGUAUAUGCAUAGAGCAAAGUCCAGUUGCAAGUCAUUGACAAACAUACAUUUGUAGUUUAUUAUGUUAAAUGGAAUGUAACUGCCAUUCUGCCAUUUGCUGAAAUUUUUUUGCAAGCCGAGUGAAAUUAAUCUUUUAUAUAGGAAUUUGUAAAUUGCUUCAAAUUUACAGUGAUAGAAUGUACAUUUUUUAAGAACAUUUUCAGCAGAGAAAUUAAUAUAAAAAGUGGCAGUAAGGCAGUUUUAUUCCAGUUGUGGCUUAAAAAUUGUAGGAUAUAGCAUAGAAAGUUAUUGGACCAUUUUUGUACAUAGUAUGUUGCAGUAGAACUAUUGACGGGAACAUCAUGUAUACAGUCUUAAAAUUCAUUAUACUGUAUCUGUCAUAGAACUGUCAUGAAGUAGAGGCAUAGGAUGUGUUUGGUGAUGAUUUUCUUCAUGCGCCAAAAAAGAAACUUUUAUCAUUUUGACAAAUGUUUUGUGCAUGUGUGUUUUACAUGCACAAUGCAUACACAUUAUUUAUAUGUAAUCAUAUAAAGCAAGCAGCAAUCACUUAACUCUUCUCACGUUCAACCUCUACUCAUUCAUAAAAAUUCCUUGAAAAUUUAAAGUAACAUUUAUUAAGCCAUAGGCAUUUGGGAUUUGAUCAGCUUUUGCUAUAAACCUGAGUUUUAUUUAACUUACACAGUGUCAUUAAUCAUUAGUCUCAUUUUAUGAUGUCCAUUUCUGGAAAUUUCAAGGGGGUGAUUGUUAUGGUCUUGUCCCUCAAGAGAACUUUAUGUGAAAGUUUAAUGGCUUAGAAUAAGGUCAUACAUCAUGUUCCUAGAUUGUUUUCCCUUUUUUUUACCACACAGAAUUCUUAUGCACUUUGUUCACCUUUAUUUGGUGCAGUUAUUUUCAAUACUGCUGUUUUAAAUAUAUUUCAAGUGAAUAAUUAAAUCAUUUCAUCCUUUUUUUCCGUGUGUAAGUAGUACCUUUUUCUGCAGAGUUGUUAAAUAAAACAUAAUCCUCGAAAAGGCACCUUUUUUUUUUAUUUCCUCUGUUAUUGAAAUAUAAUUUGUCAAAAUUAUUGCAGUAAAACCUUAUGCACAUUAUUUGCUAUUGUGUGAACUUCUUGAAUAUGAUAAAAAAUUUUCUCGAGAGAAAAUUUUCCUGUAAAGUACCAUUUCCUGAACAGUUGUUAAAUAAAAAACACAAUCCUGAAAAUGUGGCACUUUUUGCUUAUUUCCUCUGUAGUUGAAACAUAAUUUAUCAGAAAUAUUGUAGUAAAACAGGAUAUAGAUUAUUUGCUAUUGUGUGAACUUCUUGAAUGGGACAAAGAAUUUUGAGAAAAUUUUUGCAUUAAGAUUUUUUUUUUUUUUUUUUUUUUUGGUGUGUGUGUGUGUGUGUGUGUUUUUGGUAGUAUCUACAGUUAUGGGUGGAAAGAUACAACCAACACUGUAAUUUUACUGAAAUUAACAAAUUUAGCUUCUAACAUGCCACAUAUUAUGGUUUUUAUAGCAUUUAGCCAUAUUUACUUCUUCACAUAAAGAAUUAAGAAAUUUUGUAAGAUUAUACAUAUGUUGCAUUUGCAUUAUGCAUUUCUAUCAUAUUGCUGGCUAGUCCACUCUAUAAUAUAGUUGAAAUAAAAUCUGUAUCUCUA